AUCAACCUCCCAGAAGAAUGACACCUCCCCAAGCUGUCCAAGAGAGUCCUUUUUGUUGGCGGUGGCGACGAUGCUUCGAAGGAGGAGAGCCAGACAAUGAACGAGGAUGGAGACGAAGACGCGGCCAUGAUUUAUCGACAGUUGGCGGAGUCCUUUGAAGAAGAGAAUCUGGACGGCGAGGGAAGCGACUAGGGUGGCCGUGUCCACAUGGUCAAUGUGGGCGCGGCGGAAAGACCACCCCUUGAACGCGGAGUCGGCGGGACGGGACCGAGAGUCGAAUUCGAUACAAUUGUGGAAGCCUGUUUCAACAUUGGCUUAGGGUUGUCCGGUCCCUCAAAUUCGUCUAGUGCCUGCUCAUCCCGCGGCAGUUCUGCCGCCCCCUCUCGAACCUCCACCUCGUCAUCCGCAGCCUUCGAGGACUCGAACCCGGCCCUCGCCCCGCAGGCGCUCGAGGUAAUCGCGCCCAUGGCGUCGACUUUACUCGAGGCGACGGCGCAGUGGCCCACGGAGAUCGACCAGUUUAUAGUUGACUCAAAUGUAUUGGAUGCGGGUGAUAGCUUACAUACGUCUCCUGUGAUGGAAGCUUUCUGGGAUAUCUGGCCAGAAGGCGACAAAGGAACAGCAGUUCCAGCGAUACGGUGCUGGGGAAGAUACCCCAUCACCAGAGCUUAACAGCGUUGCCGCUAUCCCAGAUUCGGCACGGCUGCCCCGAUGUGAUGCGGAGACCGGUUCAACGUCAGUUGACCGAAGAAAACAUUGACGUGGUACGAAAUUGGUUUCGACCUGUGAAAAUUGACACUGGGAAU